AACCCGUCUCAACAGACUCCAUCUUAAUAGAUGUCGUCGGCUUGAAUGUGUCCCAGAGCUUCCCAUUGAACUAUUGGUGCUUUCUAUCUAUCGUUGUGGAGAAUUGAAAGCCUUCACGAAUUUGUCAGACUUGAAAAAAUUGCGACAUGUCAGUAUAUCUAAAAGCUCAUCUCUCGAAGGAUCGCCCGACGUGUCUAUGCAGAUGAGAGAACUUGGCUUUAAAGAGUCCGAGGACAUAUUUGGGGGCUUAAUAUUCGAGCGUUAGCAGACGUGAAGAGCUACGGGGGGCAGAAGAGAAGGACGGCUCGACGUCCAUGGAAUCUCUCUCUCUCUCUUUCUCUCUCUCUGUCGCUACUAGUCAGUCGCCCUGCUAGUUUCCCAGGCUCGAAGAUCGAAGCCACCGUUCGCGUCGCCCAUCCACCGCAGGCAGGCGGGCAGGUCAAUCGGCGCGGCGGAGAUGACGACGGCGACAAGGCGACGCCACGGCUGGCAACGCCCUCUCCAUCCGCUCCAGAUGAUCGAUCAAUCGCAUUUGAAGUUUAGAGUCGAUCCAUCUCAUGUCGUAAAUUUGCAAUUGCAGAUAGUUGGGAUGGCGGUGUUCAGUUUCUACAUCUUCCUGGGACUGUUGCUUGGGAGCGGGGCUGCUGAAAUCACCGUGACGACAAUAUUCUCUUUUGUGGUGUUCUCGGCGAUGUUUCUGUUCAUCUGCUGUACUGCGAUAGAUCCGAUGGAUAAGACCAGUUACAGAAAGAAGAAGAGAGGCUCCGAAGCGAUGGUGCUCACGGACUUUUGUGCCGAUUCCUCAAGCUUGCUCUUCCAAUUUCGAUGCUUGAUUUGCCUGCGUUGGUACUUCUUCUUUCUCUUUUUCUUCUUGAAUGAUGAUGGAAGGAAGGUUGGGGCUGAUAUUCCUGUGGAAGUCUAAUGGUGGCGCCUCUGUAUGUGUAUACGAAGAGAUAUGUAAUAAAGCAAAGAGAUUAGCCUGGGGAGAUAUCCUUUCUGGCAGCAUAUCAGCGAGUCUUCAGCACCUGACUGCUUAGCUUUGGAGGAGACAGCGAACUCAACAGGUAGAAGUCAGUAGCUGUGGCAUAUGGAUGAGCUGAGUAGGAAAGUAGUGCACAAAGUUCUGUGGAUAAGCUGGACCUUUUUGUUUGGGGUACUAUCUAGGAAAAUACUUUGAACUUGUACUUUUACAAGAUGGGCCCACCCUCCUUUUGGGAUUGAGGCUAAACGUGUGGGAGUGAAGGGUUGAAAAAUAAAAGAAUAUCCUUGAUCUAUGAUGACAGAGAAAAAGGCGCUUUGUCUUAGUCAAGUAGUUUUAUUUUGUUUUAUUGCCUUUUCAAGGUUUAGUGAAGUCGGGAGUUGGGGCUCCUCUUUGUUUUUUAUUCUGCUUAGUAGAUUUGUUUUUGGGGUUUGCAUUGUCUUUUAUAGAGAUGGAUAGAUAUUUCCUUGUUGCC